UUAUGAAGGGUGUGGGUUUUUUGAACGUGCUGGUCUUGUUACUGCUCAGGGAACCCGAUUUUUGCUCAGGUUUGACAGUGACUUUGUCUGGAGUGAAUCCCAAUGGUUACAUUAUGAACCAAGCCGCUGCGGCUCCGUCUGCUCAACUUGUAUGUAGUUACGACCUAGGCUCCGACACGCAGCCUGCAGAAUAUGUGACAUUUUACAAAGAUGGUGCCGACACUGCUCAUCAAAUAGCAGUAGUUAAAGUAGCAGAUGGAGCUUCUGUGAAACAGAACAGUUACCAGGGUAGAUCCGAUGUCGAAGUUAAUGCCAAUGACCCACAAUAUACUCUCAGAAUAGCCUCUCUUCAGUAUUCUGACGAAGGAAAUUAUACCUGUAAAGUUGUCCUAAACUUCCAACAGAAUACUGUGACGUCAUCGCCACAGAACCUUAUGGUGUAUGCUGAGCCACAACCUCCCCAAGUGUCCCAAAGUGAAGUGGCACCAAACAGAUAUCAAGUGGAGUGUCAGUCAACCGGGGGAAGACCCGCACCGACGCUUACUUGGUAUGUAAGAGAUGCUGCCGGAUCAGAAGUCGAAGUUAACGCCGCUAACCCGCAAACCAACACAGAAAGCGGGGAUACGUUUAUCGCCAGUAGCACGCUGGAACGAAAUGCAACAAACGAGGAGCCAGUGACAGUCAUCUGUAGAGCGACACAUCCAGCUCUAAGUAGCCCUAUGAGUAGAGAACAACAGCUGCCCCCAACAAUUGUCUCUACUAGCACCACUUCCACACAGGCGCCAACUACGACGACCGGAUAUAUUUCAAGUUGUGAAAUAGUUCGACCAAGUAUUAUAGCACUUGCGGCAUUGGCGUUGAUGAAGAUUUUACUGUGAGGGGAUUUAAACAAACGGUUAAGGUCAUAUUGACAUAAUAGAUAACCAUUGAAAAUAGGAAUGGAUGAAUACUCUAAAGGAUAUCAGGACACCAGAUGUCACUGCUUGCAAUUACGGCUUGUUGGAAUCUAAAACAAGCACUCUCUCAGUUUUUAUAUUCCAUGGAGUGCGAUGCAUUUGAGAUGAAGGGACAUUUUUUUUUCAUAGUGACUGCAUUGUCCGAUGUUGCUGUGA